CCUCACAAAGAAAACGUUACUCUUCAACUUCAACCACAACUUUAUCAGACAGUGAUAUUGCAUCGCAGCACAGAUACCAUACAGGAGAUAAAGACUUCGAGUCGACCCUCCGCCAAGUAAAGAGCAUAGAGAGCUGACCUCCAAUGGCUGGUUCAGGGAGAUAUAUGUUACGGUCUUUGGCUUCUCCAUCAGGAGCGAGGAUGAACCCGAAGAGCAGGAUGUCUUCGUCCGAGGUCAAAGGGCUAAGUGUCGUUCACGACGAGGAGAAUAUGGAGUUCUUCAUCAAGCUUGGGAAAGAUAAAGCUUUCCUUCAGUAUGAUGUUAUAGAUCCAGCCACAGGAGCAGUCGAUCUACAACAUACUGUAGUUCCUGAGGUGUUUCGAGGACAGGGAAUAGCAAAAGUUCUCGCAAAGAAUGUGAUGGACCACUUUGCUACAAAGGACAAGCACAUGAAACUUACAUGUUGGUAUCUACAGAAGUUUUAUAAAGAAAAUCCUCUUCCAGCGUACAGUGGAAAGAUAAUUGAAUAAUUCUCCUGGAAAUGAACAAAGAGGAAAUAGAUUAUAUUUUUCCAGGCCGACUUAUAUUUUUGUACGGUAGUUGAUCUUAUGAGACAACUCCUUUAUUCUACAAUUUCCCUUCUUGUUGCUAAAAGGUUAAUUUGAUUAAUAAAGUUCUGCUUUAACCAAA